AUGAUGGGCCUCGAUAAGUUUCGUACGUUGAGUAUUAUUCGAUUGCUUGUGGUGGUUUCUGUACUGUUGUUGAUACAUCCGACGCUGGUCCAGUGCCAGCAGGAUGCUAUCUGCUCAGAAAAGAGCCCUUGCAAAAUUGGAUGCUGUUCAAAAUAUGGUCCGAUAGAAGCUGUGGUUUUGGCCCUGAAUUUUGUGGCAUCGGGAACUGCACAAGCACCUGCGAUGCAAAAGCAGAGUGCGGACAAUAUGCACCAGCAGGGGACGAAAAAUGCCCCCUCAAUGUUUGCUGUUCGUCAUUUGGGUUUUGUGGGACAACACCAGAGACUCCUUUCUAGGUUUUGCGGCGACGGCUGUCAAAAUGGCUGUGGUGAGAUAAAAAGGCCAUCCAGCACAGGAACCAGUGCUCGUUCUAGGACAAUCGGCUACUAUGAAGCAUGGUCAUAUGCGCGUCAAUGCGAUUCGGUCGCCCCGGAAGAUAUCGAUGCCAAUCUCUGGACUCAUAUAAACUUUGCUUUUGGAUUGAUCCAUCCUGAGACAUUUCAACUCUCCAAAAUGAAUUCGUACGAUGAUCAACUGUAUCCUCGAGUCGCCAACCUCAAGCUGCAAAACCCCAGUCUCAAGGUGAAGCUUGCACGUCUCAUUCUUCCUCUUCUUUUUCUGUCCUCUUUUUUUUUGCCACUGUCGGUUUUCAUAGCAAUUGGAGGUUGGGAUGCCGGAGGCAAGGUCUUCUCCGACAUGGUGUCGACCGCGGAAAAUCGGGCUACAUUCAUUAAGUCCGUGGUCCAGUUUUGCCAGACUCAGGCAUUCGACGGGAUUGAUAUCGACUGGGAAUACCCUGUUGCCGACGAUCGUGGUGGGCGAGCGGAAGAUUUUGCCAACUACGUCACCUUUGUCAAAGAGCUCAGGUCCGCGGCUGGACGGCUUGGGAUCUCAUUGACUCUGCCUAGCAGCUACUGGUAUCUCAAAGGGUUUGACGUGGUCAACCUUGAACCGUACGUCGAUUGGUUCAACUUCAUGAGCUAUGAUAUACAUGGGACCUGGGAUGGCAACAAUGCAUACACCAAGCAGGUUGUAAAUCCUCACACAAACCUGACCGAGAUAUCACAAGGCCUUGAUCUUUUAUGGAGGAAUAACAUUCCCUCGAAGAAAGUUGUGCUUGGUCUUGGCUUCUAUGGCCGGUCCUUUACUCUGUCAGAUCCAUCAUGCAAUACUCCCGGUUGUCCCUUUGCUUCUGGAGCGAAUCCUGGCGAAUGCACAGGUCAGGCCGGCAUUCUCUCUAAUGCAGAGAUCAACAGAGUCAUACGGACACACGACCUUACACCAGUCAUGGAUAAGGCUGCUGGUGUAAAGUACAUCACCUGGGACAAUAACCAAUGGGUCUCAUAUGACGACGCCGACACCCUCAAGAUAAAGAUGGAUUUCGCAAACAAGCUCGGGCUGGGCGGAACUAUGGUCUGGGCUUUAGAUCUGGACAACGCAGACUCCCAAUCUGCACAGUAUCUCAACUCAGGGGGGAAUAUGACCAACACGAAUGGUUUUAGUAUUGCAAAGAAGGCAGCCGAUACUCAGCAGGCAGUGGCUGCAAAAUUGGCGUUCUGGACUCCCUGCAUGACAGAAAAGGAGCGAAAGGUCUUGGGCUGCCCUGGUGGGUACCACGAGCUGCUAGUAGGGCAUGGAAAGGUGUAUGACGCGGACGACUUCAGGGCUGUUGAGGGUUGCCAUGGGUCACUCAACAGGUUGUUGUGUCUAAGCAACGAGGCCGUCGGGCGCAACUGCGCCUGGAAUAGACGGCCGGAUGGGGUUCGCGACAAUUCUAAGUGCAUCAUAUGUACAUGGCUAAUAUCGGUGUUUAGAGCAAGAUAUGUGAUCAGCGCUGCCCUAAGGGUACCAUCUAUCUCACUCAGAAUACGCACCCAGCCGGGGACAAGAAGGACUGUGCCCAUGGUACUUACAUUUCAGUUUGUUGCGAAGAUAUCGAGACCAUUGCGCAGUGGACUCCUCGUUCUCCCUGAAGAGCGCCACCAGCAAAAGAGACAAUCCCGAGGCUAG